AUGAAUUACGGACUGUUUUUAUUAGUAGUAUGUCUAAAUACUUUUUUUGUUAAUGCGUAUGUAGACAUAGUAGUGCCCGACAGUCAACAUGCUUUAGAUUUAAAUCUUUUUGAGGAAGUGUUGGAUCCAGAGCUUUGUGACGAACAAAUCAGAUACAUCAUGAACGAUACAGGACUUUUAUUUACGUUUUUCGAUGCUGGGGCUCGAAUUCCCAGGGGAAUACUCAAUGGCAAUACACAAGAUCUCGGCAAUUACUACCAAUGUCUUGGUAUCAACGAAGAAAUACCAAAUUCAGUCGUCGAAGGAAAAUAUUGCUUGAUAAAAGUACCUCUUGAACAAAAUGUAGAUUUUCCGGACUUACUUGGAUUACCAGAUAUACUCUCGCAAAAUUUACCGACAUGGGAGUUGAGUCAUAGUAGCCUUAGACUUGAUGAUAAUGUCAUGAAAAGCUUGAAUGAAUAUAAUGCAUUAAAAAGAGGUGUUGAUAAGGCUGGAGGACUAGGAGACAAGAGUCUUGGCAGGUUUGCCGACAACAGCUCUCUCAGCGGCCUGACAUUAAAGCUUGCAAUUUGCCUGCCUAAAGUAUGUUCAGCAAGACAUGCAUUAGAUACGUUUGUUAAUAUAACUGAUAUUGGUUUUAACUAUGAGGAACGUUUCUGUCGCCUCCCAAACGACAAGCCUUGGGUACCUGGAGACUACGUUGCGAUAGCAAUAUUUUCUCUGAUCGGUCUGCUUUCAAUAUUGAGUACGGCCUACGAUCUUCGUUAUAAUGUUUUCCUGCAGAAAGACCCGAAGAAAGUGAACAAGCUGUACCAGUCUUUUUCAGUGUACAAUAAUACAAAUCGUCUACUCACAAUAACACCCGUGCCCGGCGCUAUAGAAUGUUUAGACGGUAUUCGAUCAUUCGCAAUGAUGUGGGUCAUUAUUGGUCAUACAUUUAUCCACCAAACGAUGGGUGGUGUUCUGGGCAAUCCGCUGGAUGUUUUAAAGUGGAUCACGUCGUUGAGUGCAGUAUGGAUUACUUCUGCACCCAUAACGGUAGACACCUUCUUCAUGCUAAGUGGCCUACUUCUGGUGUAUACUACCCAUGGAAAAGUGACACCCAUAAAGCUUCUCAAGAAUCUCCAUUUGUUCUAUUUGAAUAGAAUAUUCAGGAUAUUGCCGGUAUUAUGUGCAAUGAUUUUAGUACAAGUUUCAUUCCUAAACUGGGUCGUAGAUGGACCUUUUUGGGAGGUGAAUAUGGCUCAAGUACAUAAUUGCAGAGUUUUCUGGUGGUCUACUAUACUACAUAUUCAAAAUUUCCAUAAUCCCAGUGGUAUGUGCCUGCCUCACUCGUGGUACUUGGCCAUAGAUAUGCAACUUUAUAUUUUAUCGCCAAUAAUACUAGUGUGGGUAUUGACUGGCAAAAGACAUUUUGCCUGGACUGCUCUAUUAGUUAGCCUGAUAGCCGUGUUGAGUGGCGCCACGGUAUAUAGCUUUGUUAACGAUUUUCCGUCUACACCUGUUUCACCCUCUCGUCCAGAGGACUCGCCAUACUACAUGUUUUAUUUCUACGUGAACACAUUAACAAGGGCUUCUCCGUUCUUCGUUGGUCUCAUAUUCGGAUACCUGCUGUCCUUAUGCCGCGGCAAAACUGAUGUUUUAAAUUGGGUGACCGCGGGACUCCUCUGGCUCUUUUCGGCCUUUAUAAUCCUCGGUGUAAUAUUUAUUACAAAUCCAUUAAUGCAGGUGGACUGGGACAACCAACUAGUUGACAAUUUAGUCAACUCGUUUAAAAGACCCAUUUGGGCUGUAGGAGUGGGCUGUCUUAUAUUUGUUUGCGAACACGGAUACGGCGGUAUUGUUAACUGGAUAUUAUCACUCAGAAUGUUUAAAAUAUUGGGACGUCUGUCGUACGCGAUGUACAUCGUACACUAUCCAUUAAUAUUCCUUGUCAACGCUAUGCCCGUGUCGCUUAUACAUUUCAGCGUACCUUCCUCGCUGUUACUGUUCCUGUCCGACUUCUCGUUAGCUGUGAUAGUUGCGUACUUCAUGACAAUAUUUGUGGACCUGCCUUGUGGUGUCCUGGUGAAGCACUUCUUGGGCGGCAGCGUUAAAAAACCACCACCGACUAUUGAUUAUAAACAUGAAGUGAAUAAACAGAUCGAAAAGGGAAAUCAUCGAGAAAUACCACUUAAGGCAUAA